AUGGGUGACGAGGAGCCUCAGGAAGAGGCUGGCUCCAGUCUGUCGUGGCAAGACUUACCUGAGUGUGUCAAGAAGGCUCUUGAUCAGGAGUCGCGACAGCCUUCUCCCGAGAUUUUGUCGAAUUUGUUUUCAGAUGAUUCAGACAUCAAAGAUUUUGUGGAAUCACUGGGACUUACAAUGGGCUCAGCUGAAUGGUUCAGUGCAUGCGAGAUUCUUGAAAAGGUUUGCGCUGAUGUAUCACCGGCUGCAGAUCGUGUCGUGAGGACUAGAGCUGUGCAAGGUCAGCUGGCGCAAACGUCCUCAUCGAUUUCGGCUGGGCCUCAGCAGCAGCUUGAAGUAAGCACUGGAUGGCUUCAGACAAGGGCCGGUGCAAAGCGGUCACUUACAGCGUGGCCGUGUCGGUUGGCCAAGAAACUUGCCUUGGCCAAGCACGAUCGUGCGAGGGCCGAUGCUGAGGCUACAGAGCUCCGACGCUGGAGGCAGGCUUUAGCGAAGGAGCUGAAAAGGGCUGGUAUGCCGGUGUGCUCAAUGGCAAGUUACGCCCUUGAUAGCCAAGCUGUACUGGAGGCGUCAGCAGGAACGCUUAGAGCGUCCACUCUAAGGCGGCACGUGAGGGAAUGGUCCAAGUUUUCGGCAUGGUUUUUCGCUGUUGAGGGGACAGUGUUCCCCACGCAUCUGGGCAUCUUGAUGAAUUAUGUGGAAGAGCUGGCGCAGGAACCUUGUGCCAGGACCAGGCUACAGUCUGUGCUCUCUGCAGUGAUAUUCUUCGAGAGGGUCGGAGGAGUCAAGGCCGAGGCCUCCAUCUCUUCUCAUGUCCUGGUGCGGAACUUGGUUCGGGUUCGCACUGCUGAGCUUGAAGCAGGGGCGCCGCCGACAAAGCAAGCUCCAGCAUUGGCCCUCAUCAUGGUCAUGUCUUUAGAGGCCGUGGUUGUGAAUCCUGCGCAUAAGAAGUUCGUCAGAGCGUAUGCGUGGGCACGGCUAUUGAAACUAUGGACAUCUAGCAGGGCCAAUGACCUUCAGGGCAUUCUACCAGAGCAGAUGACGAUGUCUUCACAAGGACUACGAGGAGUUUUCGAUAGAACGAAAACCUCGGGAGCUGACAAACGCAUCAGAUGGCUGCCGUUCUUUGUUUGCAAGGAUGCUUGGCUUUUGCAUAGCGAUUGGCUGGCUGCCGGAUAUGAGAUCUGGGCUUCUGAUGGUUUUGCCUUCUCCAGGGAUUAUCUGGUGCCUCGGCCUACAAAGGGACUGACCUCCUGCCUGCCAGUUAUGGCGAGCUAUGUGGAUAUGUCAACGAUGUCCAAGCAGCUCCUGUGGGAGCUAAAGCGGCCCGAGUUGACCGAGGCUGGGAGUGUGCGUCAUACUGAUGUUGCGCUCUUCGAGGAUCCGAGUGUUGUAGGUCUUGAUGAUUUGUUUCAGGCGCUACAGAGGGCCGGUGUCGAGAGCUCGGUGCGUGACAGGGCUCUUGACCUCUUGCGGCCGUUGGAGGGAACGAUCAGUUUCUUCAUCACGCGUCUUGAGGGCCUCAUGGAGCCGGAGCCUGCUUCAGAGCCGUCUGCUGAGCUUCACGAGAGGGAGAGCACGGAUGAUACUUUCUUGCUGCUUUCUGACCAUGUGUGGGAGCUGGAGCAGCGGGUGGCAGUUCUGGAGCGGCGACUGAUUGCGGUCGACCCGGAGAACGUCUCUCAAGGACUCGAUUCUCCUCCACAAUCCGACGUUUCUUUUCUUUAUCUCUUCGCGGGAGAGUCUCGCCGGGCUGACUUGAAAUCAUUCCUGGCGGCUGCCUGCGAGAAAGCCGGGCUGUCAUUCCGCUAUCAAGAAGUUGAUAUCGAGAAAUCGGCUCCGGAUGUUCUUUCAGAUUCUUUUUGGUUGAGAUUGCUCAAUCAAGUUCGACGACAUGAAUUCAAUCUUCUUUUCAUGAGCCCGCCAUAUUCUACAUUCAACCGGGCCACGUUCGUCAAUCGCACAGGACCGCCGCCUCUGCGGAACUCGGACUGGCCGGAAGGUUUUCCCUGGCUAUCCGGUGUAUGGAAAUCCAAGGCAGAAGCUGGAACGAGUUUGGUGCGCCGGGUAUUGUCCUUAGCCACCCUGGCCACCAAGGAGCAUGUACCCUGGUUGAUCGAGCAUCCGGAAUUCUUGGGUGCUACAGCGGCUGGUACCCCGGCUUCGAUCUGGACUUGGGAAGAAGCUGUUCGUGUUUUCCAGGAGACUCGCGCCACUUCGGUGGCCCUUCAUCUUUGUGCCUUCGGCGCCGCUCAAAGGCGGCCGACACGAUUAGCUGGAACCUGGCACGGUCUACGAUCGGUUGGUGUAUCCGGUUGGCCGCGACUCGACCCUCAGCAGCACUAUCGAGGGCCGUUGUCUCGCAAAUGCGGUCAUGCACAUGCCCCUCUCAUCGGCACCGACGAAAAUGGUCAAUUUCUCGCCGGGCCGGCUGCUUACCCUUCGGGCUUCUGUGAGGCGCUGGCCAGUAUUGCGGUUCUCACCUUCAGGCAAAGAGUGUCCUCCGAAUCGGUGUUGGGGGAGGAGCAAGCUCGUUCUUCAGACACUCUUGAGAAUGCGACUUCGACAGCGGUGGUCCAUCAGGCUGAAGCUCUGGCAGGGCGCUUGCAACACUCGGCGGUCUCGAAGGAGUCUUUGCUUCAGAUCUUCGACUUGCUUCCCGGCGAAGAAUUGGCCCGAGAUGGUGUCACUUGGAAGGAUUCGAAAUCUUUUGCUGUCGGGGCUUAUGCCGUGGGCGGUAGCCUUGCCGGCCUUCGUAGGAACUCCAGGUUGUUUCCCGGGGCAAUGAGCGAGGAUCGAGAAAUCUCGUGGCAGGGCUCACGUCCUUUCGGGGCGGGGGCAUCUGGACUCAGGAUGGCGGAGGUCAAGAACCGUGCCCUUCGAAUCCCUCAUUAG